CGCUUCACUACAGUACACGAGGAAACCACUUUACACCAAACACAUCAAUGAACAAACCUGCUCAUUCAGCAACAGUUCAGUGAUUUAAAACUUAGACGCUACUGUAAACGACGUUUUAUGUUUGUCAUAGUAAGUUUUAGACAUGGAAUGCUUGCUGAGAAACUCAGUCAGUUUUCUGCUUUGCCAAUAAAUCUGUGAUGGUUAAAUAUUCACAUAAUAACAACAAUGGCAAAUCCAUGUGACAUUGCUGCUGACCUGGGAAAGUACAUUGUGAAGGAGGCUCCUCCAACUGUUUAUUAUGUUCCAAAUUUUAUAACGGAGGCUGAGGAGGAGUAUCUGUUACAGCAGGUGUACAGAGCUCCAAAGCCCAAGUGGACACAGUUGUCAGGGAGGAGACUACAAAACUGGGGUGGAUUGCCAAAUCCCAAAGGAAUGCUUGCUGAGAAACUCCCUGAUUGGUUGCUAAAGUACACAGAGAAAAUAUCAGCUCUUGGAGCUUUUGCUGGAAAGACAGCUAAUCAUGUGCUUGUAAAUGAAUACAAGCCCGGGGAGGGAAUUAUGCCUCAUGAGGAUGGACCACUGUAUCACCCCACAGUAACAACUAUCAGUCUGGGUUCUCAUACACUUCUGGAUUUCUACAAGCCUGUUUGUCAGACUCAGUCUGAAAUUCCCCAAACAGAAGAAAGCCGCUACAUGCUAUCAGUGUUGGUACAACAAAGAAGUCUGUUGAUUCUCCAGGAUGACAUGUACAAGAUUUAUCUGCACGGUAUUCGUGGAGUUUGUGAGGAUAUUUUGUCAGAGCACGUGGCGAAUCUUUCAUCAACGGGGGCUCAGGUGGGCGACACGCUGCCCCGCAGCACAAGAGUGUCUCUUACCAUUCGCCACGUUCCUAAAGUCAUCCGGGCCAAUCUGUUGCUUGGCAAGAAGUGAGACUUUCAGAGACUUGCCUGAACUGUGAACCAGCCAAACAGGUUUACACCCACAAAGGAAAGUGGGGAAAUGCAAAUUGUCUACAAUAUAUUAUUGUACAUGCAGAGCAUUGGUGUUUGUAAAGACAUUUUAUUACAGAUACCGAGUGGCAUGUAUGCAGCAGCCUUUGAAUGUACAAACACAUCUACAUUGAGCAUUUCUAGUGAAAAAAUAAAGAAAUGUCUGUUUUGCAACAAAUAAACUGAUGUA